AUGCUACAACGCGUGAACCCCUACGUACCGAGCUUAACGCUGACGAGUGUCCCGCGGUGUCACGAAUUGGUUGUUGCACGACCUCGAACGCCACGCGAGGCUAAACGCGUUCUCUUUCUGAGGAACAAUGAUUCCGUCUUCAAAGGCGUUCCACUGGCCGUUUCCGCACAUCGAUAUCGCACUUUUGACAAAUUGCUGGAAGAAGUGACCGUCGCUUUGCAGCAAUGCCAAGGAUAUCUGCCAGUGGCCAUUUGGCAGAUACGUCGGCUGAAUGGAGUGCUCAUCAGAAGCAUAGAGGAGUUUCUUCAAGACGAUGUUGUUGUGGCACUGUGUAAGCAUGAAAGAUUUGCCAAUAUUGAUUACAAUGUUAAGAAAACCGUUGUCGAGGCUUUGGAGCAAAGAGUGCGAUUGAGGCUUCGCUUUAACUUGAACUCAGAGUCCAAUGUGUAUUCAAACCUACGGAGCUUUCGCCCCCCGACGCAUUGUUCGGCCUUGCACCCUCUUUCGACAGAGGCCUUGACUUUGACCCCAGAUGUCACAACAAAAAAUAAUGAUAUCCCAAUAAUGCCGGCGACUCUGGCCAAAUAUUUCAGUGCCGGCAAGCAGUUGGAACAUGGCAUCUCAGCAGCUAUUUUCUAUGCCACCCAUUUGCACAGUGGCGAACGCUAUGUGCUCAAAAAGGUGAAUGUUUCAACUGCACAGCAUCUGGAGCUUUUAGAAUGUGAACUUCUACGUCAGCUGCAAGGACACCCGAAUAUUGUGAAUCUUGUGCUCACGCUGGCUACAAAAAACGCCGCCUAUUUGCUAUUCGAGGCCAUGGAUUGUGACCUUUUCGAUUUGCAGCAACAGAAAAAGAGUUUCGAUGAGUCCGAACUGCGUUUCAUAAUGAAAUGUAUAGCCACAGGCCUGAACUAUAUACACGAUCAUGAGAUAAUGCAUCGCGAUAUCAAGGACUCAAACGUUUUGGUCAAAUUAAAAAUGCCAAUGCAUAUUCGUAACCUAAAGAUUACUGAUUUCGGUCUUGCCUCCAAAUGUCCAGCUGGUUUUGUUCUCUUUCAAAUUGUUGGCACUGAUGCCUAUAUGGCGCCCGAGAUAUUCCAAAAAACUGGUUAUACAUACCUUGUGGAUUGUUUUGCUGCGGGCGUAUUGCUCUAUACCCUAAUUACCAACUUUGUACCAAACGAAUCAAGAAAACUAAGUUAUCCUCUAUGGCCACAGCACACGGAAUGCAUGAGCCCCGAGUUAAAGCAUUUUCUUGCCAGUCUGCUGGAAUAUGAUCCUUCAAAGCGUUAUAGCUCCAAACAAAUGUUAGAACAUGCGUUUCUUAGAGGAAGAGAAUAG